GCUAAUUUCCAUUAAAGUUCAAAGGAGGCGUUAUUGUUUAUUUUCCUCACAAAAAGUGCAGAGUUUUCCAUGAAAAUGACCCGAUUUUCCUCAAAAUUCUUCACAAUUGCAAUCUCUAUGGUUAUCUUGAUAAAUCUGAGUAGGAGUGAACUGAUUGAUAUUGAUCUCAAUGGUUAUUUAGCGUAUUGUCCGUGCAUGGGACGCUUUGGGAAUCAGGCAGAUCACUUUUUGGGUGCUUUUGCAUUUGCAAAGCAUCUCAAUAGAACCCUCAUUCUCCCACCGUGGGUGGAAUAUCGGCAGGGGCAGAUGAAAUCCAUUCAGGUACCCUUCAACAGGUACUUCCAAGUGGAACCCCUGAAGGAGUAUCACAGGGUGAUACUAAUGCAUGAAUUUAUGGAGAAAAUUGGCACAGCUGUGUGGCCGGAAGGGAAGAGAAUUGCCUUUUGCUACAUGGCCAGGAAGGCGCUGAAUGGGAGUGAGACAAAUAGCUGCAAUGCAAAGGAUGGGAAUCCUUUUGGGCCAUUUUGGGAUGAAUUUCGUGUGAAUUUUGUCGAUUCUGUCUUCUAUGGGCCACUGAAUUAUGACGUCCAUCAUGGAGAUGUGGCUGAGAAGUGGAAGGAACAAUAUCCGGCUAAAAGGUAUCCAGUUCUUGCUUUUAGUGGAGCACCAGCGUCAUUUCCGGUGCAACAGGAGAAUGUUGGGUUGCAGCGAUAUCUUCGCUUUAGCACGAGUUUAAUGGAGAAGGCUCAGGAAUUCCGGAAGCAGCACCUUCCACGGGGUGCUUUUAUGGGAAUUCACUUGCGGAAUGGCAUUGAUUGGGUACGAACGUGUGAGCACAGCAAGGAUAGCCCGAAUCUCUUUGCCGUAGCCCAGUGUAUUGGGUAUCGUGGGGAGAAGGGAAGCUUAACGCGGGAAAUGUGCUUCCCAUCGCAGGAGGGCAUUAUUCAGCAGCUAAAGCGUGAGAUGAAGAAGUACAAGGAAAAUCAUCAUGGAGAUGAAAUUCGUGGGCUCUUUGUGGCAUCGGAUAGUAAUCACAUGAUUGGAGAAUUGACGGAUGCCUUCCGGAGGAUGGAUGUGAGUGUCCAUAAGCUCCCUGAGAAUGAUCCUCAUCUCGAUUUAGCCAUUCUGGAGAUGGCAAAUCACUUUAUUGGGAAUUGUGUGUCCUCCUACACGGCCUUCGUGAAGCGUUCACGUGACGUAAGGGGACUUCCAUCAUCCUUCUGGGCAUUCCCACCACGUCACAAGGGCAGCGGUGGACGGAGAAAUCCCACACAUGAGGAACUCUAGAGAGAGAAAAAAAGCAAUGAAGGAAUGCGCUAUGAGUGGCGACGUGCGACAUUCACCGUGUCGCGCAUCACCCCAAUCCGGACCCGGUGAUUCACACCAAAAGCACAAAAUUGAAACGAUUUGCGCGAUCAGCAGUGGAAUGUUGGAUGAGAUCAUUUUAGCUGUGUAUGCGUCGUUGUCUGUGGUGGGGACAAAGACAUUGUGGUGAAGUUAUUGGAGAGAAAUUCAGCAGAGUCUGACCCGCAGAUGACCCCGCGUUGGAGAGGGAGACAACACCUGGCGCUUAUGUGUGUUGAAGGCAAGUUCUCUUUUCUUUUCUUUUUCUUCAUUUCAUUUCUUACACAUCUCAAAGUUCGGACCAAACGGUGAGCGGUUGUGCUCUUUCGCAUAAAACAUCGCUUUAUUGUCUCUUCUCUAUGCACUGUGUGUGAGAUCAUUUUGCAAAACUCACUCGACGCUCUGCUUCGUCGCUAUCUCAUCCAUUCUCCAUGCUCACCACCGCACAUUCCAUUCAAUAGCACAACAAUCAGUAUCUUGUCCUUCUUCCUUCUUUCAUUUUCCUUCUUCAACUCACUAAAAUGAGAAGAAAAAAAUUGUAAAUUCCUCGUGGAAAUUGCGGGAAUUUCGUUUUUUCAUUUCUUAUCUUUUGCAUGAAGAAUCAUUGAGAAAAUGUAGGUCAUUUCAUUGUGUAUAUGAGUCAACACUAGAAGGCGCCCAUGAGGGAUACUCAAAGCCGCUCAAAACUGUCCCAGAGAUACAGCUAAUAAGUAAUUUAAUCUAGAUUAAUUUUUUGUGAUAUUUGAAGAAUGAUAUUUCAAUAAAAAAUUGAUUUAAUUCUAAAGAAAAU